UAAACAACGUCAACGUGUCAAAUUUAAAUUUGUUACCGAGUUGUUGAGUGUAAAUAUUGUAAAUAAUUUUUUUUAUAAAUUUUUAUUUGAUAUAUAUGUCAUAUAUUAUUUAAAUUUGUCAUAAAAAAAAUAAGUUGAGUAGUUUUAUAAUUUUUAAAAAUCCUAACCUCAGUAUUUUUAAUUAAAUUAAAAUUAAAAUUGCUAUUGUAAAUAAUUUAAAUUAUGGAGUUUAAUUAAUUGAAAAAAAAUUAAUUAUCAUUUUAAAUAUCUGCUGUGAUUUUUAAAAAAUAUAUGUAAAUAUAUAUAAACAUGCUGAGAAGGAGAAACGUCAAUUUGAAAACUGUCAAAGAACUUGAUGCCUUUCCUAAAAUACCGGAGACUUAUAAAAAUAAAUCUGCUGUUGGUGGUACUUUUUCAUUUAUAACUUUUGUUAUCAUAAGCUGGCUGGUGAUAUCGGAAACUCGUUAUUUUUUAAAUGCUCGAUUGCAUUUCAAAUUUGAACCUGACACAGAUGUUGAUGAUAAACUUAAGAUAAAUAUUGAUAUGACAGUAGCAAUGCCAUGUAGUCUUAUCGGAGCGGAUAUACUAGACUCGACGAAUCAAAAUUUACUGGGAUUCGAACCGCUGACUGAGGAAGAAACCUGGUGGGAAUUGUCACCAAAUCAAAGGUCACACUUUGAUGCUUUGAAACACAUGAAUUCGUACCUGAGAGAAGAGUAUCAUGCUAUACAUGAAUUACUUUGGAGAUCUAAUCAAGUUGCAUUUAUGGGCGAAAUGCCUAAAAGAACAGUAACACCAGAUCGUCGUCCAGAUGCUUGCCGAUUAUACGGCAACAUAAAUUUAAAUAAAGUUGCUGGUAACUUCCAUAUAACUGCCGGUAAAUCAUUGUCACUUCCUCGGGGUCAUAUACAUAUUUUUGCAUUUAUGACAAGUAACGAUUACAACUUUACUCAUCGUAUAAAUAAAUUUUCUUUUGGUGAAGAAAGUCCUGGAAUUGUUCAGCCGCUUGAUGGCGAUGAAAAAAUAGCUGAUGACAAUAUGAUGCUGUAUCAAUAUUUCAUUGAAAUAGUACCUACAGAUAUUCAUACCCUGAUGAAAACAACAAAAACUUAUCAGUACAGCGUGAAAGACUAUCAGCGACCAAUAAAUCAUGCAAGAGGAUCGCACGGUGUGCCGGGAAUAUUUUUUAAAUAUGACACAAGUGCUCUUAAAGUUAAAGUGACACGUAAUCGUGAUUCAUUUAUACAAUUUUUAGUUAAAUUAUGUGCAACUGUCGGCGGCAUUUAUGUAACAAGUGGUUUAAUUAACAGUGUUAUUCAAGCAUGCUGGUACAUUGUAUCAUGUAAAUUCUUCCGAAAAGAAAUAGAACAAGAUCGUAGAGCUUUAAUCGAUAAAAAAACAAUAGGAAAUAAAAUAACAGCUCCAUUAAAUUUAAUUAAUGUCGCGACACCCGAUAUUAUUGACGUCACUUUGAAUCCGCAAUAAAAAUUUUUUA